CUGAGGAAUAAAUGACAAAUAGUGAGUAAAUAACAACAUUCUUUUAGAAAGCCUAAUUUCUUUCGUCAUGUUUACUCACGGCAAGAGGAACACAAUGUUAAGUCCAGUCAUUCUUUGACAGUGUGAGUCACAUCUACUCAAUGUUUUGCCUAUACCUGCAUUUGGAUGAGUGUGUGAGUGAGUGUAAGGGUAUGUACGCUUCCGUGCAUAUUUUCCAUGAGUUGCUGUUAUCUGUUACACAUCAUUUGAUCAGCACACACACACAGCUAUAUCUCUCUGAAGUGUUGCAUUGCAUCAAAAACCACCCCUAUUGAGAUAGAGGAGAAAGAAGAAGAAGUAACCAGACGUUUGAUAUGUUUUACAAACACUAAUUUCAACUCGAAAACGACAACGAUCCAUCCAAAAUAGAGGGUAAUUCAACUACAGUAUUUGACAUCCAACCAUUUUCUAAGGGGGCCACAGUCAUUUUCGGUCACACUAAAGGCACACAAGAAAGCUGUGAGAAACACAUUAGUGAUUGUAAAAACACCAGAGGAAUGUAUGGCACGCAACAGGAAAACAAUGUGGUCUGCAGUGAAUUUAUUUAUCCACUAUCUGUCUCCCAUGCUUUAGAAUGAGCAGAGCGCAUUAAGCUGUGUGAUGUAGAAUUGUAUCCAUGGCUCAUAGUGUUUGUGUGCGUAGAAUGUCACAAAGAGAACUGUUGAAUGAAUGAAUAUUCCAUUAAUAUGACGGAUUCCCCCUACUUUCAGGCGGUAUCGCUUCCCGCCAUAUUUCAGAAUGGUGUCAGGAAACUGUACUCACGGAAUGUUGCAGUUUAGACAAAAGGGGGCCAGGCAUGGUGGGUUUGUUAGAAGAAUGCAAGCGAGCGAGUAAACUGUUUGUCAGAUAUUUUGUGUGUUUGCUUUAACGCCUAAACAGUUCCCCCAGAGCAUCCCCUGUGUGUUUACAGCAAGGCUGGGGCCAGGGAAAGCUGCUACAUGCCGCUAAUCUCACACCACCUGCUCUGCUCUCUAGCAUGUACUCUAACAGCUAGCCAUAGCCCUGGUUAACUCACAAACAACAUAGAACAGACUUCUUUUGCUUUUAUCCCUUGUUCCUUGCCUUGGGUGGAUUGGAGGGUUGUGAAAUGCUGAAAUGUGCUGUAGGUGUUUUUCAUAGAGUUGGGGCAUUGCACAAUCUGUGUAUGAAGUUUUGCAGAGUGAGACAUUUUGUAACCCUAUCGUUACUUCUAUUUUGAAGACUCAUAAAACCAUCUGGUCUUUCUCUAUGAUUGAAGCAUUGAGUGUAUGAUCGUGAGCAGCAUAUAUGGUGACCAUGAGCCAUUAGUAAGAGCUGUGUCUCGGUUUUAUCCCUUCUGCAGAAAGCAGGGAAUUUCCACCAGCAUUCAAGAGAAAUACACUCCACUCCACCAGGCAUAGCCAGCAAUCAAUUGAAAAAGGCAGCUAAUGUCAUCACGCAAGAACUAAGACUGGUAAACAAUAUGGACUUAAUGCACUUACUACACAUCAGAAACUAAUGUGAUUUCAAAGAUAAAGAGAGAGAAAGAGAAAGCAGCAAUGGAGCAUUAGUCUCUUUUAGCAUCAGAGUGGUGUUCCUUGAGAGCUAUGUGCUUGUGUUGUAAAGAGAGACAGACAGACUGAAGAGUAGUUUCAGGUCUGGUCAACAGUAGUAGUAGUUAAUGCUCUGGUCAACAGUAAUAGUAGUAACAGGUCUGGUCAACUAGUCUAACUAGUCGCUAUACUAGUAGUUAUGGGUCUGGUCAACAGUAGUGGUAGCUAUACUAGUAGUUAUGGGUCUGGUCAGCAGUAGUAGUAGUUGCUGGUCUGGUAAACAGUAGUAGUAGUUAUAGUAGUAGUUAUGGGUCUGGUCAACAGUAGUAGUAGCUCUACUAGUAGUUAUGAGUCUGGUCAACAGUAGUAGUAGUUAUAGUAGUAGUUAUGGGCCUGGUCAAUAGUAGUAGUAGUUAUAGUAGUAGUUAAGGGUCUGGUCAGCAGUAGUAGUAGUUGCUGGUCUGGUAAACAGUAGUAGUAGUUAUAGUAGUAGUUAUGGGUCUGGUCAACAGUAGUAGUAGUUAUGGGUCUGGUCAACAGUAGUAGUAGUUAUAGUAGUAGUUAAGGGUCUGGUCAACAGUAGUAGUAGUUAUAGUAGUAGUUAUGGGUCUGGUCAAUGGUAGUAGUAGUUAUAGUAGUAGUUAUGGGUCUGGUCAACAGUAGUAGUAGUUAUAGUAGUAGUUAUGGGUCUGGUCAACGGUAGUAGUAGUCACAGGUCUGGUCAAGAGUAGUAGUAUUUUAUUACUUUUUAAAUUUAUUUCACCUUUAUUUAACCAGGUAGGCUAGUUGAGAAAAAGUUCUCAUUUACAAUUGCGACCUGGCCAAGAUAAAGCAAAGCAGUUCGACACAUAAAAUAACACGGAUUUACACAUGGAGUAAACAAACAUAUAAUCAAUAAUACAGUAGUAAAAGUAUGUAUACAGCAUGUGCAAAUGAGGUAGGAUAAGGGAGGUAAGGCAAUACAUAGGCCAUGGUGGUAAAGUAAUUACAAUAUAGCAACUAAACACUUGAAUGGUAGAAUGUGCAGAAGAUGAAUGUGCAAGUAGAUAUACUGGGGUGCAAAGGAGCAAGAUAAAUAAAUAAAUACAUUAUUGGGAUGAGGUAGAUGGAUGGGCUAUUUACAGAUGGGCUAUGUACAGGUGCAGUGAUCUGUGAGCUGCUCUGACAGCUGGUGCUUAAAGCUAGUGAGGGAGAUGAGUCUCCAGCUUUAGUGAUUUUUGCAGUUUGUUGCAGUCAUUGGCAGCAGAGAACUGGAAGGAGAGGCGGCCAAAGGAAGAAUUGGCUUUGGCGGUGACCAGUGAGAUAUACCUACUGCAGCGUGUGCUACGUGUGGGUGCUGUUAUGGUGACCAGUGAGCUGAGAUAAGGCGGGGCUUUACCUAGCAGAGACUUGUAGAUGGCCUGGAGCCAGUGGGUUUGGCGAUGAGUAUGAAGCGAGGCCCAGCCAACGAGAGCAUACAGGUCGUAGUGGUUGGUUGUAUAUCGGGCUUUGGUGACAAAACGGAUGGCACUGUGAUAGACUGCAUCCAAUUUGCUGAGUAGGGUGUUGGAGGCUAUUUUGUAAAUGACAUCUCCAAAGUUGAGGAUUGGUAGGAUGGUCAGUUUUACGAGGGUAUGUUUGGCAGCAUGGGUGAAGGAUGCUUGGUUGAAAAAUAGGAAGCCAAUUCUAGAUGUAAUUUUGGAUUGGAGAUGUUUAAUGUGAGUCUGAAAGGAGAGUUUACAGUCUAACCAGACACCUAGGUAUUUGUAGUUGUCCACAUAUUCUAAGUCAAAACCGUCCAGAGUAGUGAUGCUGGACGGGCGGGCAGGUGCAGGCAGCGAUGGGUUAAAGGGCAUUUUAUUUAUUUAUUUCACCUUUAUUUAACCAGGUAGGCAAGUUGAGAACAAGUUCUCAUUUACAAUUGCGACCUGGCCAAGAUAAAACAAAGCAGUUCGACACAUACAACAACAUGGAGUUACACCUGGAGUAAACAAACAUAUAAUCAAUAAUACAAGUAGUAAAAGUAUCUAUACAGCAUGUGCAAAUGAGAAGAGAGUCGUCCCAAGAAUUGAACCCUGUUGCACCCUCAUAGAGACUGCCAGAUGUCCGGACAACAGGCCCUCCGAUUUGAGACACUGAACUAUAUCUGAGAAGCAGUUGGUGAACCAGGCAAAGACCUGAGAAAGGCAGGGUAGGAUAGAUAUAGGUCUGUAGCAGUUUGGGUCUAGGGUGUCUCCCCCUUUGAAGAGGGGGAUGACCGCGGCAGCUUUCCAAUCUAUGGGAAUCUCAGACGAUACGAAAGAGAGGUUGAACAGGCUGGAAAUAGGGGCUAGUAAUUUCGGCAGAUCAUUUUUGAAAGAGGGGGUCCAGAAUGUCUAGCUCGGUCCAGAUUUUGCAGCUAGUAGUUACGGCUAGUAGUUUCAACAGUAGUAGUAGUUCCGGGUCUGGUCAACAGUAGGAGUAGUUACUGGUCUGGUCAACAGUAGUAGUAGUUCCGGGUCUGGUCAACAGUAGGAGUAGUUACUGGUCUGGUCAACAGUAGGAGUAGUUACUGGUCUGGUCAACAGUAGGAGUAGUUACUGGUCUGGUCUACAGUAGUAGUAGUUACUGCUAGGGUCAACAGUAGUAGUAGUAGUUACAGGUCUGGUCAACAGUAAUAGUAGUUACAGGUCUGGUCAACAGUAAUUGUAGUUAUAGGUCUGGUCAACAGUAUCUAAGAAUAGCAACCGUGUUUCAACAGGAUGAAAUGGAUGGCUAGAUGAAUGGGGGGGAUAGCCCCAGCCUGUGACCUCAGAGCAGCGCCUGGGCUGGCCGUCAUCUGGCCCUGGCCCACUGUCGGUCCUGCUGUAACUCAUCUGGCCCUGGCCCACUGUCGGUCCUGCUGUAACUCAUCUGGCCCUGGCCCUCAUCUGGCCCUGGCCCACUGUCGGUCCUGCUGUAACUCAUCUGGCCCUGGCCCACUGUCGGUCCUUCUGGCCCUUAUCUGGCCCUGGCCCACUGUGGGUCCUGCUGUAACUCAUCUGGCCCUAGUCCACUGUCGGUCCUGCUGUAACUCAUCUGGCCCUUGCCCACUGUCGGUCCUGCUGUAACUCAUCUGGCCCUGGCCUUCAUCUGGCCCUGGCCCACUGUCGGUCCUGCUGUAACUCAUCUGGCACUGGCCCACUGUCGGUCCUGCUGUAACUCAUCUGGCCCUGGCCCUCAUCUGGCCCUGGCCCACUGUCGGUCCUGCUGUAAAUCAUCUGGCCCUGGCCCACUGUCGGUCCUGCUGGCCCUCAUCUGGCCCUGGCCCACUGUGGGUCCUGCUGUAACUCAUCUGGCCCUAGUCCACUGUCGGUCCUGCUGUAACUCAUCUGGCCCUGGCCCACUGUGGGUCCUGCUGUAACUCAUCUGGCCCUAGUCCACUGUCGGUCCUGCUGUAACUCAUCUGGCCCUGGCCCACUGUGGGUCCUGCUGUAACUCAUCUGGCCCUGGCCCACUGUCGGUCCUGCUGUAACUCAUCUGGCCCUGGCCCACUGUCGGUCCUGCUGUAACUCAUCUGGCCCUAGUCCACUGUCGGUCCUGCUGUAACUCAUCUGGCCCUGGCCCACUGUCGGUCCUGCUGUAACUCAUCUGGCCCUAGCCCACUGUCGGUCCUGCUGUAAAUCAUCUGGCCCUGGCCCACUGUCGGUCCUGCUGGCCCUCAUCUGGCCCUGGCCCACUGUCGGUCCUGUUGUAACUCAUAUGGCCCUGGCCCACUGUCGGUCCUGCUGUAACUCAUCUGGCCCUGGCCCACUGUCGGUCCUGCUGUAACUCAUCUGGCCCUGGCCCACUGUCGGUCCUGCUGUAACUCAUCUGGCCCUAGUCCACUGUCGGUCCUGCUGUAACUCAUCUGGCCCUGGCCCACUGUCGGUCUUGCUGUAACACCACUAAUCUAACGGCCCGGCAGCCUCCUCUAGCGAGUGGCAAGCGGCCACUUCUAUUCCUGUCUCUGGCCCUAGCCCUCACAUGGAAUUCCAAAUAGCGACAGAACAAGCGGACCUCUCAGGACUUAGAGUGCCCUCUGACCCCCCCCCCAACCCCACCACUCUGCAGGGCUGAAUGGUCUCUCUUUAUGUCAGCGGGGUUUAUGACCCUGUGCUCCCAGACUGGGACUGAUACAAAUCUCCAUCAAAGCCUCUCUCAGAUAGCAGCGUCAUCUCUGGACAGGGGGUCCCUGAGUUGGCUGGACCCCCUGGUGGUACCCACCACCGCUGCCUAAUAAACCAUAAAGCCUCAGAGGGAUAUUUUCGGUAAAGGGGUUAACAUGGGUUGGCCCCGAAAGGCCCAACCAGCUCAACCCACCUCUCACCUCUCUCUCUCUCCCUCUCUCUCUGGGAAGUGACACCUUAGCCUCAGGAAGUGGACCCAGUCGCAUACAUAAAUACAGCCGUACCACCCACAAAGCGCUGCAGAGGGAGAAAGAGAAAGACAGUUGUAUUGUCAAGAUGUUAAUCUCACAUUAGACCAAAAUAAAUCAGCCCUUUAUGGCUUUAAAAGCAUUUCACUGCUGAAAUAUCGGACAGUCCACUGAAUAGCCCCGUAGACCUCCUCCCUUCUUUGAUCUCACACCAACUCUGUUUCUCACUCACACACAAUGACAGACCUAAAUGGACACCCACACAUUCAUACACACUCAGUCUAGGACUAUUUAUAGCCACAUGAUAGCACAGUGCUUCUUUCUCCCAUUGUGUCAGUAGAAGUUUCCUGCUCCAUGCAUGUCGUUGCAUCAUCUGAAGCAGAGGCAGCGUCGUAGCAGGGGGUUUAUGAAUGAACACAGCAGUCUCAGCCAGAGGCAGGGAGAUGGCACCAUUCCCACUCUGAUGUCAGACAGAGGGAGCACUCUGAGGCCUCCCUUUUCUUCAUUCAUUCAUCUCCCCCCAGUCAGUCCUGUGAUCGACUCACAUUACAGCUCAAUGACUCAUCCUUCCACUCUCCCUCCACUCCACUCCCCUCACCCACCCUAACCCAGCCUGACUUGCCCUGCCCCGCUCCAGCCCCACCACGGUUCCUUAGGGCCAUGGCCCCGGCCGCAAAUUCCCAAUUUCACAUCCUCGCUCUGGCGCACAGGUGAAGAAGGCUACUAAUUUGGUUCACGUGUGUCUCCCUCCUCCUGUUCCCCGCUGCUAAUAGACCUGUUGGCCAGAGGUGUGGACUGGAACCUUUGUCUGCAGGGAAGGUUAGGAGUGGGGGAAGAGGGAUGCUUUUCCGGCAGGCACAGCAUCUAUUCAGUGGGCUUCUCUGGGGACAGAUAUCGUUGUGGCACUCUGCACACCAACCAGUGACUAUCAAUAUAUUUUACAGUAAAUCUACAGGACAUCACUCUCCUGCUGUCUGUCAAUGAUAAUAUAGUCCCAUUUUACAUACCACUUCUAAUAAAAAAUUGAAUGAUCCCUAUUUUGUCCUAAUUGGUAGGCAAUAAGACUAUUUAGCAUAAGCCACAUGCAGGCACGGUCCUCCCUCUCUCCACUGUAAUCUAAGUUGUGGGUGUCAUAGAUCACCAACCUUACCCUCCUUCUGUCAUAAUCACACUACAUAUUAAACCCAAUCACACUAUCAGUCCACUACAUGGAUGGGUCUUAUCCUAUGAUAGAUUACCACUCUGUGUGUGAAGGUGGCUGGCAGAUACUUAACGCUCAGUGAUACUGACCCUGCCCAACCUGCCCUAAUCAGACUCUCAGGCAUUGAAACCAUAUCAGGGCCUCAUAAUUUAGCAGAGACUCUAUACCCAAGCCAGCCUCCCCAGUUAUUAGAUGUACAGUACAUUAGCUAUCUUACAGAGAACUGCAUGGGUCGUUUAGAGAGGGAGUGAGUAUCAUUCAUGGAAUACUGUAUGAAAUUGAAUCAUUUGUAAUGUGUAAGACAGAAUCAUAUUCAGUUCAGUCUAUAAGAGCUUCAUGCACCAGGAAAUAUCAUGUUGAAACAUGAAUGUUAUGUAGUUCAGAAACACUCACAAUGGUUAAGCAUGUUUCAGCUGGUGGGCGUCUGUACAAUAUGAACCCCCACCUGCUCACCCAGAGGGAGCUGUGUGUCUUUGAUGGGUUUUAAGACAGCUUUAGGCCUGCGAAGCCCAGCGUGGGGAUGACGAGAGGGCAGCGCGAGCUGGUUCCAAAGUGCAGGCAAACUCUACUCGAUCCAUGUAAAAUAAACUUCAACAUUCUCUCCGUCUCUGUCUUGGAUAGAUAUCAGUCUGACUGAGCAUGCUCCAUCUCAUCUCAGCCAGCGAACGCGCUCCACUAGCGCUAUCUAACCCUACGUAGUCAAUCAAAAACCAGCCAUCACGGUGGAGAUGAUUAAGACGACCGUGCAGUCAUGGACAUCAGGUCUCGUUUUAUUUUAAUUUCAGAAUGGGCCUUGUCUGACAAUAGCCUCUUCAGUCUUUUGUAAUAUGAUUCUAAAAUACCAUGAUACUGUAGAAAUGCGUAACCAAGCCAAUAGUUGUUACUAUAAUAUGUAGUAUAAUCAGGACUUCCAAAUGGAGAGAGAGGGAGCAUGGAGGCCUAAUCGAAUCACACACCGGCAGUGUUAUAGUUCGCUUCCAUUUUGACACUCUGCAUAAUUUGGCCUGUCAGCUUCCAGCGGUUAGAUAGAGAGAGAAAGAGCCUUGGGUUCCAGACGGGCAGCGUUGAGUUACAGUUCCACAGCCCACAGAGGAACGACAGCUGUUGUACAUUCCAGACGAAGUUGGGAACGUCGAUGAGCAGUGAAAACACGCAUGAACUUCACAUCGCCAAGGCCUCCCCUUCGCUGGGCUGGCAGAUCAAACCAGGGCAGAGAUGCCAGAACAUUUAUGGCGUCAAGAGACAGCAGAGGGGUGACAAAACAUCUCCAGCCUCCCUCCGGGCCUGCUUGUGAUCUGGAAGUUUACCUCACACAGCGAGGGGUGAUAGAGGCACAGUGACAUACAGCCGUGAUCUGGAGUGUGGAGACGUGCCCCUGCUCACUCCAGGGAGUAAAGAGAUGAUGUCUCAGGCUCUGAAGGACACGUUCAGCGGCUUCACAAAGGAACAGCAACGACUGGCCAUUCCCAAAGACCCCAGGCAGUGGACAGAGAACCAUGUGGGAGAGUGGCUAACGUGGACGGUGAACGAGUUUAGCCUGAAGAGCGUGGACUUCCACAAGUUCUGUAUGAACGGGGCCAGUAUGUGUGCCCUGGGGAAGGAACGCUUCCUGGAUCUAGCACCUGACUAUGUGGGCGACAUCCUCUGGGAACAUCUAGAGAUGCUUCAGAAAGAAGACACAAAGCAUUUCCCUGUCAACGGCCUGACCUCCACCUUCCAAGAAUCCCACUAUACCUCAGACUACUUUGUCAGCUAUGGCAUUGAGCAUGCCCAGUGCGUUCCUCCCUCUGAAUACUCAGAGCCGGGCUUCAUCACAGAGUCCUACCAGACCCUUCACCCAAUCAGCUCCGAAGACCUGCUGUCACUCAAGUACGAGAGCGAAUACCCAAAUGUCAUCCUCAGGGACAUGCCCCUCAACACACUGCAAGGGGACUACUUCUCAGUCAAGCAGGAGGUGGUCUCCCCCGACAACAUGUGUGUGGGCCGCAUCAGCAGAGGUAAGCUGGGAGGCCAGGACUCGUUUGAGAGCAACGAGAGCUUUGAAAGCUGUGACCGUCUGACCCAGUCCUGGAGCAGCCAGUCCUCCUUCAGCAGUCUGCAGCGCGUCCCAUCGUAUGACAGCUUCGACUCCGAGGACUACCCCAGCACCCUGCAUGGACACAAGCCCAAGGGAACAUUCAAGGACUACGUCAGGGAGUGCUCAGACCUCAGCAAGGACAAACCUGUCAUCCCCGCCGCAGCACUGGCAGGAUACACAGGCAGCGGUCCCAUCCAGCUGUGGCAGUUUCUGCUGGAGCUUCUGACGGACAAGUCUUGUCAGUCCUUCAUCAGCUGGACGGGAGAUGGCUGGGAGUUCAAGCUGUCCGACCCUGACGAGGUGGCUCGGCGGUGGGGGAAGAGGAAAAACAAGCCCAAGAUGAACUACGAAAAGCUGAGCCGAGGCCUGCGCUACUACUACGACAAGAACAUCAUCCACAAGACAUCAGGGAAGCGCUAUGUCUACCGCUUUGUCUGUGACUUAAAAAGCCUGCUGGGAUAUACCCCUGAGGAGCUCCACGCCAUGCUGGACGUCAAGCCUGAUGUGGACGAGUGAAAACAGAGGGAUGAGAGAACAGAAAUAGUAGAAUAAUAGGAGAGUAAAGGAGCCGAGGGGACUAGGGCUCAGAGAUUGAUGCCGUCCGGUUAAAGAGGGUGCCCAUUUUGGGACCAAACCUAAACUGUGGUCUGUAUCAUUUUGAGCUGUUGUCAGAUGACGUUCAAAAAGGAAGCACAUGCCAAACGUGAAAAUUGAUAAUAUGUUGCAUUUGAGAUAGUGUGUAUGGUAGCUAUAUGUAUAUACUGGUAUUACUUAGUAGCUCAAGACACAUGGAAAGCUAUCAGUUAGAAUAGAGUGGCCAUUUAGCCUAAGUAGCACAAGAAACUGACAUUGAGGAAGGGGGCCAAGAGACAGUGAAAGAUUCAUUAUAAGGAAGGACAUGAAUGGAGAUUUCCUGCUAUGAAAUCUGUUGCCAAAUAUAAAAUGGAAAGUAGUGGAAAUAGAUCACUGUUUCUCUGCCACACUCCACACAAUAGGCAUGGGUAGAGUUCUCAGCUUGGACCAAAAAAAGUAUUGUUUUUGUUACUAUUGUUUCAGAAGCAUAAUGUUUGUGUCAGUAUUAUCGUUGAGAUUCAACUCCUGGUGUGCUGUUUAGUCUCAGUCCGACCAGGGUUCCCCCUCUUUUUAAAUAUUUUUUUAUGAAGGUAUUAUGAAACCAAACGUUGCACCAUUUAAUGUUAAGUUAGUCCUGUCUCCUCUUUGUGAAAGCCCAAUAACUGAAACAUGCUGAUAUGACUAUCAGAUGACACUAGACACGGGCCUUUUUACUCAUUUUCAUAGGUUGGAUGGAGAGUUACUUACUCAUAACCAAGAACGGUUGAUAGACACCUGAAAGUAACCGUUGCUUUAAAACUGACACUUUCAGCUCUGCACAUUUGCCGCUUCACUAUAGAAAUAUACUGUCUUACCACCAGUAAUACAAAUCCUUCGACACCCUUUCUGUAGUGAGUUUUGAAAGUAUUUGGACAUGAAAGAGUCAAAUGUGCCCAUCACAAUCUGUACAUUGAGUGGUUUUCCAAACCCCCAUUUUAGCAUUGCUUUAGGAGAGCAGAGAGGGAGGCACCUGUUGUCGACAAAUUGAAUUGCAAGCCAUGUACGAUGGAUGGUUUUUGUAGUCAAAAGAGAAAGGAAUGUAAGAGUGUACUGUAUUUGUGUGUGUUACGUGGUGUUCUCUGAAUGAAGGGAAGCUGCCAUAGCUAGGUAAGGUAUAUCAAGGUGCAUGAUGGUAGUAGGGUGAAAAGAGAAGGGUUCAAAGCAAGGAGUGUAAACUUUGGAUGACUGUUUGAAAAAGAGGGAGAUGAGAGGAGGACCGGGUAGUUUUGGGAGGGAACCGUGGAGUUGUGAAGUUAGUGGCUGAAAGAGAAUUAUCAUCAUUAUGGCAUGAGGAUGAGAUUAAUGCUUGUGCUAUUGUACAGCUUGGAGUCUUUUGUUAACUGAAAUGUUUGUAAAGAUGCUCCCUUUCACCAAUGAGGAGGUAGAGAUCGACAGGAAACAGGACUAACAUAAACAGUUGGGCUAAAGGACUACUGGGAGAGAUGUGGCAUUAUAUGCUAUUUUCUUACCAUGCUUUCUACAUGCUGUUCUAUUUCUAAGACAUAAGGACACCCAAUUCAGUAUAUGGAAAGCAUCAAUGAAAUGACAUGCCCUGAAUACUGUAUGUACUUGUGCAGCUUACUCAAGAGCCACAGUAGUUGUGCUGGUUGGGUUUUGAGUAAUGUCGUCAGUGGGAACAUGACUAUACGCAGGUCUUAUGGGAAAAGCCAAAGUCAAGAAAUAUCAUCUUAAAAUACAAAUGUUAUUGUUUACAGUGGCUGAAUGUUACCCAUUCUGAUGAAAAUAGGUUUUGAAAUGUUUAUUUGUACAGAUUGUAUUUCAUAACGCUUUAUUAAGACCCAGAUGAAACAAAUAAGCAAGAGACAAAGCAGGAAUAAUAACCAAACCCAUGUGAGGUCUGGGCGAUAGAUAGAGCUUUGGGUAUCUGCACCAUCUUGAAGGACAGGAACUGCUAUUCCCUCACAUUCAAAGUGUUGUUUCUGCUUUGAUCUUUUGAUUUGUUGGAAAGCACUCAGUGUUAGGACUCAGUGAAGAUAUUUGGCUGGACUGACUGAAGUUCCCUCUUGAGAUUAUAGGAAAGGGAUUUCUGUCCAUAUUAGUUACUUUUUAGUUGGGCAACUGACCACAGGGUUGGUUUUUCUAGUGUCAGUCAGCACAAACGCACACACACAGACCACACACCACACACACACACGUAAUCUUGUGUAGAGAAGAUUGAAUUCUCUUGAACAAAUCAAUCCACCCAAUCUCUGUGGUUCAUUAUGCACGCUACAUUUCCAGGAUUCACAUCACUAGUUGAUUAUUACUGUUCAGAUAUUUUUCCUCCAAAAAAUGUUUUAUGUUAGGGCAACUGUUCAUGUUUAAAUAUAUGCUUAACUUGUUGUUGAUGAUGCCUUCCAGCUCCUAGCCAGUCACCAUUUUGAGUAGAUCAGAAUAUAUUAUCUUUGUUUAAAUGGAACAUAUACUGUGUCUGUUUGGACUUCAAGUCAAGUUUGUUUCAGUAAAUGUCAUAUACGUUAAGUUGUGGACACAAGUAUUGCACAGAUAUUUCUAAAUGGACUAAAUACAUAAAUACACAGAUACCUUGCGAUAUUAGCAUAUCUCAGACUGAUCCAUUAGGAAACCUUUUUUGUUAUGGAUGGUGUUGUUUUUUUUGUAUAUUUUAUAGUGUUUCUGUAUUUUUGUCAAUGAUAAUUUUUUAUGUAUUUAGUUCACAAACAUUUGAAUAUUUUUCAAUAAUUUAUAUUUUAUAAAAGAAAAAGACGCAGACAGCUGGUGCUUUCAUGGGAAAUAAAGGUAGCACAGGAAAAAAAUGUAGCGAUUUUCUUUCGAUAUAGAGAAUAGACCUACCUGUCUGUUAAGGAAAAAGGCUGAUGCUGGCCCAUCAUUGAUUUCUGCUGGGAAGUUUUAUAAACUGUUGCUUCUAUUUCUUAAUGUACUUAAAAAAUGUUACGUUAUAAAAAAAUAUAUGUGAACAAAUAUUUCAUA